UUUUCAACAGUAUAGCAAAAAUGGGGGACUGAAUGAAACGGUUCAAUCUGUAGCAGAGCCAGGUGGUACAGUGUUUUAUGUUAAAGUUUUUUGUAUUUCGUACGUAUUUUUGUGAGCUCAACAAUGUCUUUGACUAACAAAAUGUUAAAACUUAUCGUGGCAAGUGGAGUUUUAUUUUUGGUUAUACAGUACUUACGAUAUUGGAUGGUAAACAAACAGUAUGUGUUCAACAAGGAAGACAUAGCUAACUUGGCUAAACAGUAUGCGGGUCAGGAUCAUGAGCAGGCGUUUGCCAAAGUGGUGGUGGAGCUUCGUAAGAAGUACCCAGGUCACAUCCUGGACGAUGAGGACCUCCAGUGGGUGUUUGUGAACGCCGGGGGCUGGAUGGGAUCCAUGUGUCUGCUCCACGCCUCUCUGACCGAGUACGUCCUGCUCUUCGGAACUGCAGUGGACACAGGUGGACACUCGGGCCGUUACUGGGCAGAGAUAUCAGACACCAUCAUCUCUGGGACGUUUAGGCAGUGGAAAGAAGGAACCACGAAAAGUGAGAUGUAUUAUCCCGGCGAUACGAUCGUGCACGCGGUGGGUGAGGCGACGUCUGUGCAGUGGAGCGCUGGCACGUGGAUGGUGGAGUACGGCCGAGGCUUCAUCCCGUCCACGCUGGGCUUCGCCCUGGCCGAUACCGCCUUCAGCACGCAGGACUUCCUGACACUCUUCUACACAGCGAGGGUCUACAUGAAGGGCUUGCUGCUGGAGGCGAACACCUUCCUCACAGAGGCUGGCAUUUUCUGACCAAACAGAUCUUAACAGUGUCUCUCUCUCUCUCUCUCUUCUCUUCUCUUCUCUUCUCUUUCUUUCUUUCUUUCUUUCUUCUCUCUUCUCUCUCUCUCUCUCUCUCUCUCUCUGUUGUCUGUGUUCUGAAUAUGUCCUACAUGGGCUAGGCUAACUGUGAAGCACUUUUGAUGACUGGUAAAAGAUGUCCUAGGCCUGCAAAGGCCAGCCAGACAGGCUGUGAUGCAAACUGAACACUUUAAUACUGACUAAUCAACCUGUCCACAGCUCCGUUCCAGUCUACAACUACAGCUACUGGUUAUUCCUUUAUUCUGUUUACAGUCUACAAGAAUGUGAUAUAAGAUCUAGAACUUGGGCAGUGUCAUGACAGACUGUCGUGUGCAUGCACCCUGAGAGAAUUGGAAUUGACACGCAAUCCAAGCAUACAGUGGUCUUUUUUUCCCAUGUUAUGAUUUCAGUGAAUCUCUUCAGUUUUAAAAUUGAAUUUAUAAUCCAUGAUCACUUACUGGUCCAGAAAGCACUAUCAUUCACAGAUGCACUGCCCUAUAAAUCUGUCAGUCUAGAGUUAUGGGUGUGUCAAAAUCUAUGUUAAUGUCAUGUUUGAUACUGUUGUUGUCAUUGUUGUCAUGAACUACAAAGCUGUACUGUAAACAUGAACUCAGUCCUGCAUGCUCCCUCCACCCAGUUGGUAAUGUCUGAAAUGUUCUGUCUAAUAAAUGCAACUGCACUACA